UCUGAGCGUGUUGUUGUCGUCGGCGUUGGUCCUCGCAAGUUUCGAGUUUAGCGCUUGCAUGCUGUUCAUUUCUCACAAUACGCCGCUCAAAGUGCCAGUAUGUAUUGGCGCACCUUCCAACUAUCGGUGUCACUUCGAUUAGCGCAAAAUAUUCUGCCGAGAGCCGUUCGUAUUGUGCCAACGCCGCGCGUGUUGUGUGCUGCCCACAUCCACACGUCCCGUAGCAGACGCGACGCGAAUCCUCAAGGCAAGGGCCGAUCGUUUGUCCUCCAAAACCCGUUUCGUUGGCUCAGUCUCUUCUUCGAUUUCAUGUAUCUCAAGAACCAGUGGGACCCGGACUUCAACAGGUCCGAGUUUCUCGAAGGAACGAAGCAGGCGAUCUCUACUGUCCUUUCGCUUAUCGCAACCCAGAGGCUAGACGACUUGGCUGGGCUCGUAAAGAGAGAGGCUGUGAACCAGUUCAUCCAGGAAGUUUCACAGGAGUUGGGUUAUGGAAGCACGCAGCACCUCAAAGACCCUGAUGAUAUUGUUGCCAUGCCACAGAAAGUGGCACUGCAGUCUAUUGUAGACCAUAAAUACUGUGACAUUCACAUGCAAUUUAUUGUGAUGAAAAACUUGGAGAGGGACCAAGCCUCGGCAGACGUGCCUCGUAUCUUGGUGUGCUUCAUUUUUGCCAAAUUUCAUCGCAACUACACUGCAGGAGUCUUACCUGAAUGGACCAUUACGAAAUUGUCUCUCUUGCGAACAUCUUCGAUUUCGUGAUGGUGCUGAUGUAGCCUUUAAUGUGUGUUUGUAUUAAGUUAUGUCAUAUGCUUGGUAGCUAGCACCAGGUGUAUGUUGUGUACCAGCAUAGCACUGACAUGCCUCACAUGGAGAGUGAAAUAUGAAGCAGUACAAAGACAACUGACGUGCAUUUGUACAGAUUUCUCUCAACAAGCACCUUCCCAAACCCAAUUCCUUAUAGUAAUUGCUAUCCAGACCUCUACUCGGACAAAUGUAAAUG